AUGACUGCGUUUUGAGUCUUUUGUCUUCUGUCUUUCUUUCCUUCCAGUCCACCAACUCCAUCCCUUCUCUCCCCUUCCUCUGCACUCAUCCCUUCUCCUUUCUUGUUUUCUCCAUUGCCUUUCCCUCGUCCUUUUUUUUUUCUAUUUUUUUCCUUGAAUUUUGUAAUUUUAUUUAUAAUUCCACUCUUCCUCUCCCUGUUCAUACGAUAAAGAUUAUGUUUAAUAUAUAUUAAACAAACAAAACCCAUACACAGUUUUUAAUCAUCUAAAAAUAUUUGUUUUUCCAAAAAAAAAAAGAGAAAAAAAUUGAUUUCACCUAGGUUUCCUGUUUCUUUCCUUUUGAUGUUGGUAUGGCCGGUUUGGAUUUAGGUACACCUUCUCGUUUCGUUCACCAGCUCCACCAAAGACCUGACCUUCACCUCCAGCACCACCUUGAACCUGAUGACCACGAUUCCAACCGCCAUGGAGGCGGCGGCGGUGUUGGUGCUCAUUUCUCUACUGACCACCACCACCAACAACAUGAAGAUGGCUCCAACCAAGGCCUUGACCUUGUAGCAGGAGCUGGAAACUCUGGACCAGAGGAUAUCGGUGGUCGCCGCCCCAGAGGUCGCCCACCCGGUUCCAAGAAUAAACCUAAACCUCCGAUCAUUAUUACUCGGGAGAGUGCCAAUACGUUGCGAGCUCAUAUUCUUGAAGUGGGAAAUGGAUGCGAUGUGUUUGAGUGCAUCGCUAACUACGCCCGCAGACGGCAGCGUGGGAUUUGCGUACUCAGCGGUGCUGGAACUGUAACUAAUGUUACCAUCAGGCAGCCAGCUGCUGCGGGAGCUGUUGUGACUCUUCAUGGCAGAUUCGAGAUCUUAUCUUUGUCUGGAUCUUUCUUGCCCCCUCCAGCCCCACCUGGAGCAACUAGUCUAACGAUCUUUCUUGCUGGUGGGCAAGGGCAGGUGGUGGGAGGAAGCGUAGUGGGGGAGUUGACGGCGGCAGGACCUGUGAUAGUCAUCGCAGCAUCAUUCACAAACGUGGCAUAUGAGAGGCUGCCUUUGGAAGAGGAUGAGCAACUGCAGAUGCAGAACGGUGAUGGUAGUGGAGAAGGUGGAAGUGGCGGUGGAGUUGGAAACAAUCCAUUCCCUGAUGGGGCACCAACAUCAGGUGGGCUACCCUUCUUUAAUUUGCCUCUGAAUAUGCAGCCGAACUUGCAGUUGCCGGUGGAUGGAUGGACAGGGAACAGUAGGGCUCCUUUCUAAAACACAUUUGGGUUUCCCUAUUGAUGAUUUGGUGGCAAUGUGAUCUAUGAUUUAUUACGGGCACAGACAAAUUUGUGACUUAAUUUCUUUGGAUUAAGCAGUUGAAGUGGCAAGAGAUCAUGGGCUUGUUGGAUCAUAAAGGUCAGUUUAAUUUCAAGGGUUUCUUGUGUUCAUCAUUAUCAACACCAACAUGUUUCUUCUUCUUCUUCUUCUUCUACCUCUUCCAUAUUCAGUGAUGUUCUUUCUUAUCCUGUUUGCUUAUUUCUUCUUCAUUGUAGUUUUUAGACUACUCACUGUGUUUCUUUCUUUCUUAUUCUUCUUCUUCUUCUUUUUUUCUUUUUUUCUGAAAUAGUCUUCUUCUUCAUUGUGGAACUCUCUUUUUUUCUCUUUAUAAGAAAUGGUAUGAGAUGUAUUAUUCGCUAUAUAUAUAUGUUC